AUGACACGCCCAAGCUCCCAUUUCAAAUUCUCCACAGAAACAGGUUACUUCCUCCAAGACGAGGAAUCCACAGAUCCAAAGACAUUCGACUAUGCAGCAUCGAACUUUGGCUUGAUUACCAGGUCCUAUGAAUCGCAAAGCGGCACCACGCUGAAUAACAGCAACCAAUGGCAGAAAUUCGGCGCACACGUCGAUUAUCUGAACGAUGUUUCCACCAAUGGCGAGAAAUACAAACUCCUCUUUCUCGGACGCCAUGGCGAGGGCGUGCAUAAUGUUGCGGAGAGGCGGUACGGCACGAAGGCGUGGGAUGAAUACUGGUCCCUCCUAGAUGGCGACUCACACGGAACGUGGGUCGACGCCCGACUAACAGAACUGGGCAUCUCACAAGCCGAAACCGCGCGCGAGGCAUGGAAAACCCAGAUCCAGGGCGGGAUCCCUCACCCGCAAUCCUACUACGUCAGUCCGUUGAACAGGUGUCUAGCCACGGCGCAGAUUACGUUCGAGGGGCUAGAGAUGCCGCAUACUCAGCCGUUUAGACCGGUGAUUAAAGAGCUUCUCCGAGAAACAAUGGGUGAACAUACCUGUGAUCGCCGCUCCUCGCGCUCGGCUAUUGAGGCAGAGUACCCGCGUUACAGAAUUGAAGAUGGGUUCUCGGAGGAAGAUACCCUGUGGGAUCCGAAAAUCCGGGAAUCAAACGAGGAGCGCAGUGUGCGGCUGCGCGAGUUGUUGGAGGAUAUCUUUGCGACGGAUGAGAGUAUCUUCGUUUCUAUGACGGCGCACUCGGGGGCUAUUACUUCUAUCCUGGAAGUUACGGGGCAUCGACGAUUUCCUCUGGCGACAGGGGGUGCUAUUCCUAUUCUGGUUAAGGCCGAGUUGGUCACUGGUAGAUGA